CAUGGCACUGUACACUCUUGAACAGUGGCACUGACACCGGCUUCCCAAAUCCUUCGCCGGCGUUACCCUCCGGUUAUGUUCAUCCGCCCGCUCUGAACUGAAACAAUCUGCUCCCAAAGCUGCAAAGAUGAGCACCAUAGAUAAGAUGUUAAUCAAAGGCAUCCGGAGUUUCGACCCGGAGAACAAGCAUGUCAUCACCUUCUUCAAACCUCUAACCCUAAUCGUCGGUCCCAACGGGGCCGGAAAAACUACCAUUAUUGAAUGCUUGAAACUAUCAUGCACUGGCGAGUUACCUCCAAAUGCAAGGUCUGGUCAGAGUUUCAUUCAUGACCCUAAGGUUGAGGGGGAAACAGAAACGAAGGCACAGAUAAAGCUUCGGUUCAAGACGGCAGCUGGAAAAGAUGUUGUCUGUAUAAGGUCGUUCCAAUUGACGCAGAAGGCUUCGAAGAUGGAGUACAAGGCGAUUGAAAGUGUCUUGCAAACAAUUAAUCCUCACACUGGAGAGAAAGUUUGCCUCAGUUAUAGAUGUGCUGAUAUGGAUAGGGAAAUUCCUGCUCUAAUGGGUGUCUCAAAGGCUAUAUUAGAAAAUGUUAUAUUUGUACACCAAGAUGAGGCCAACUGGCCAUUGCAAGAUCCUUCGACAUUAAAAAAGAAGUUUGAUGACAUCUUCUCUGCUACUCGGUAUACAAAAGCUUUGGAGGUCAUAAAAAAGCUUCACAAGGAUCAGGCUCAGGAGAUAAAGACAUAUAAGCUGAAGUUGGAAAAUCUUCAAUCCUUGAAAGAUGAUGCAUACAAGCUUCGAGAAAAUAUUGCUCAAAAUCAAGAAAAGGCAGAAAAUCUGAAAUCUCAAAUACAGGAACUUGAAAGGAACAUUGAGAAUGUUGAGACUAAGAUACAUCACACAGAAACAACACUAGCAGAUUUGCGGAAACUACAAGACCAGAUAUCAAAAAAGACUGCUUUAAGAGGCAUGCUAUUUAAGACACAACAAGAACAAUAUGCUGCUCUCGAGGAGGAAAAUGAAGAUACUGAUGAAGAGUUGAAGGAAUGGCAAACCAAGUUUGAAGAAAGGAUUGCACUUCUAGAAUCUAAAAUUAGCAAGCUAGAAAGGGAAAUGGAGGACACUGAAAAUCGAAGUAAUUUUCUAUUGGGCACAAUUCAACAAUCCCACCAGGAGAUUGGGAAGCUCCAACAUGAAGCUGAGGCUCAUAUAUCAUCGAGGCAUGAACAAGAUUCAAUCAUUCAAAGGCUUUUUGUGAAGCAUAAUUUCGGGCCUCUUCCAAAAACUCCUUUUAGCCUUGAGGAUGCUAUGAACCUCACAAAUCGAAUAAAAGCAAGAUUGAUGGAUCUUGAUAAGGAUUUGCAAGAUAAGAAGAGAUCAAACGAAAUGGAAUUAGAGGCGCUAUGGAAUAGUUACCUUGCUGCAAAUAAGUGUUUUACUGAAAUGGAAGCUCAGAAGAAGAGUAUAAUAAUACGGAAGGAAUCCAAUCUGAACCGUAUUAAAGAGCUUGAGAGGGAGCGCGAUGCAGAGGAAUCACAGCUUUCUAACUUCAAUUUGUCUCACAUUGAUGAAAGGGAAAAUAAGCUGAAAAUUGAGGUCGAGAGGAAGGCACGUCAACUUGAAGAAAGAGAGUUUGACUCAAAUAUUGAGCAACUAAGGACUGAAAUUUAUAGCUUAGAACAGAAAAUUAGAGUUCUUAAUCAAGAGAAGGACUUCAUGGCUCGUGAUUUGGAAGAUAGAGCGAAGCUUAGUUGGAAGAAGGAGGAAUUGGAAAGUCAAAAGAAGAAACAUAGAAAGAUAGUAGACGAGUACAAGGAUAGGAUCAGGGGGGUGCUCAAAGGGAGACUUCCUUCUGACAAAGAUUUGAAGAAAGAAAUCACACGAGCCCUAGAGUCCCUCAGAAAGGAAUUCAAUGAUUUGAACUCAAAGUACAUUGAAGCAGAAAAAGAAGUGAACGUGGUAGAGACAAAAAUAGAAGAUACUAACAAUAAUCUGUCAAAGCUUCAAAAAGAAUUGGAUGCAAAGAAAAAAUUCAUUGAUUCAAAACUCCAAUCAUUGAUUAAGCAGUCUUUUGAUAUUGAUUCUUUUCCUCAAGUCUUCGAUGAGGCUAAGGAGAAAAGAGAUGUCAAGAAAAGCAAGUACAACAUUGCAGAUGGUAUGCGACAAAUGUUUGAUCCUUUUGAAAGAGUUGCACGUGCACACCAUGUUUGUCCCUGCUGUGAGCGAUCUUUCUCCCCUGAAGAGGAGGAUGAGUUUGUUAAAAAGCAAAGAGUAAAAGCAGCAAGUUCUGCAGAGCACAUGAAGGUUUUGGCUGUUGAGUCUUCAAGUGCUGACUCACUUUUCCAGCAGUUGGACAAACUUUGUACUGUGUAUGAGGAGUAUGUUAAGCUUGGCAAGGAUACAAUUCCUAUGGCAAUGAAAAAUUUGAAACAACUGAAGGAAGAUCUAGAUCAGAAGUCUCAGGCGCUUGAUGAUGUUGUUGGUGUCUUGGCUCAUACAAAAGCUGAGAAGGACAUGGUGGAAGCAUUAGUUCAACCUAUUGACACUGCUGAUACACUAUUUAAUGGUAUCCUGGUUUUGCAAAAGCAAGUUGAUGAACUAGAGUACACACUGGAUGCUCAGGGACAUGGUGUCAAAUCUUCUGAGGAAAUUCAGUUGCAGCUAAACGCCUUGCAGAGCAGGAAGGAUACCUUGAGUAAUGAUGUGGAGAGACUUAGGGAAGAAAAAGAAUUCAUGAAAGCUGACUUAUCAAAUAUCGAAAUGCGUUGGCGUACUGUAAGGGAGGAAAAAAUAAGGGCAGCUAAUAUGCUAAUUUCCUUCAAAAAAACAGAAGAGAAUUUAAAUCGUUUGGUGGAGGAGAAAGAUCAAAUAGACCUUGAAGAUAAGCAUUUGGCAGAGGCUAUUAUGCCAUUGUCCAAGGAGAAAGAGAAGCUGUACCGUGAACAUGUGGAUCUGAAACUGAAACUUCAGCAUGAGUUUGAGGAGAAAGCUGAAGUUAAGAGAAAUUACCAACUCGAAGUCGAGUCACUGCUAAGAGUUACCACCAAGAUUAAAGAGUAUAAUGAUGCAAGAAAAGGAGAAAGGCUAAAGGAAUUGCGAGAUAAGUUAUCUGGACAUGAAUUUGAACUCCAACGUCUUAAGAAUAAGAAACAAGAGAUUUCAGCUGAACUGGAGAAAAGUAAGGAGUUGAGGCGGAGUCAAGAUAAAUUAAAACGAAAUAUUGAUGAUAACUUAAAGUAUCGGAAGACAAAGGCUGACCUGGAUGAGCUUACUUGUGAGAUAGAAUCUCUUGAAGAUAAAAUAUUGACAAUGGGUGGAGUUUCUACUAUUGAAGCUAGUCAUAAAAAAGCAAUGCAGGAAAGAGAAAGACUAAUGUCAGAGCUCAACAUGUGUCGUGGAACGCUAUCUGUUUAUCAAAAGAAUAUUGCAGAGUAUAAAUGUGACCUUAAACAGGCAAAAUACAAUGACAUUGACAAGCGGUACUUUAAUCAGAUGAUCCAGCUUAAGACAACAGAGAUGGCAAACAAGGAUCUGGAUAGAUACUACAAUGCACUUGAUAAAGCACUUAUGCGUUUUCACACCAUGAAAAUGGAGGAAAUAAAUAAAAUCAUAAGGGAACUGUGGCAGCAAACCUACAGGGGACAGGAUAUAGAUUAUAUAAGCAUUCAUUCCGAUUCCGAAGGUGCUGGAACCCGAUCCUAUAGCUAUCGGGUUCUCAUGCAGACUGGUGAUACUGAACUGGAAAUGCGGGGAAGGUGUAGUGCUGGUCAGAAGGUCCUUGCUUCACUUAUAAUACGGUUGGCACUGGCUGAAACAUUUUGCCUUAACUGUGGAAUACUGGCAUUGGAUGAGCCAACUACAAAUCUGGAUGGUCCUAAUGCUGAGAGUCUUGCUGCAGCUCUCUUGAGAAUUAUGGAGGACAGAAAAGGACAAGAGAAUUUCCAACUGAUAGUAAUUACUCAUGAUGAGAGGUUUGCUCAACUAAUUGGUCAACGCCAGCAUGCAGAGCGAUAUUAUCGGGUUACGAAGGAUGAACAUCAGCAUAGCAUAAUUGAAGCCCAGGAGAUAUUUGAUUGACAAUCUUUGAAGGUUGUAAAUAUAAAUGGAUGAGUUAAACUGGCAUCAAACAUCUGCGAGGAAUUUUCUGAUGGUCCUUCAUUCUGAAAUUUGAAAGCCAGGUUUGCUUGUUCAUUUUUAGGUACAAUUUGGGGUGGGGGAAGAAGAAAAAGAUUGUAGGGUGUCUCAUUUUUCACAAACUAUCUAUUGUAAAAUUCCUUUAUAAUCAUUAAAUCAGUUGUAUAUUGUUAUUCUGCAGUCAAGCAUUGGGACACUAUGGUAACGAAAAGAUAAAAAUAGCCAUACAAACGUUCAAUA